GUAUGUACAGCUUGAACCGACCGGAUAUGGCAAGUUGUGGAGAAACGCAUUUUAUCCCUGUCCCCCCAUUUCACCUUUUCCAUCGAAUAUGAAGGCUUCAAAUUCCGAGACAAGUAGAAUUGCUGGACGUUCAGUCAACGUCGUUGUCGAAGACGCGCAGAGACGUGCGCGAGUUCCUGCUUACGAAUCAAGCAUUCUGAUUCGGCAACUUCGAAGCCGGUCCUCCCGGGCUUCCAUACCGUCGUAAUGUUCUUUCGUAUUCUCUCAAAUACGAAGCAAAGUUUGCGGAAGUCUAGGAGGUACAAUAGUGUUAAGGCUCUUCAAGCAGCCUUCCGCGACCCGUCUUCACCAUUCUAUCUGGCUCCUGGGACAAAGGGCCCAGGUUCACCAGAAGAAUAUGAGCUCCCACCAGACUCAACCCCGGAAUCUUCUAAUAUGCAAUCAGAUACGUCUUCCUUCCAACAACUGGUAGAACAAGGCCGUAUGAAACUAGUACAAGCCGGAUUUCAUCAUCCAACUAUAUGGGAACAACCAAUUGCCUGGGGUGAUCAAGACUCUUUCCAACAUGUUAACAAUGUCCAAUACGUCCGCUACUUCGAAUCAAGUCGUAUUCUUUGGAUGAAUCAUCUAGGACACCGUCUCGGUGGGCCCGACGAGGCCGAAGCUCUUCGCAAAGGAAAAGGCAUCUCGUUAAUCAUCAAAUCACUCAAUGUCAACUACCGACGCCCGGUCACUUAUCCUGAUACCCUCCUUAUAUCGCACAAACCCGUCCCUCCUACCCAAUCAGCCCAAUUGUCAAAUUCAGUUCAACAAUCAUCAGAUCCCGCAGCUCUCCUUCUCACAUCCUCAGCCUUCUCUGUAACUCAACAAGCCUUCGUCGCACAUUGCCAUGAAACACUUGUCUGGUACGAUUACAAAAAGCUGAGAAAAUCCGCUCCGGGUGAAGAGUAUCGGUCCGCUGUUUGGGAGCCGUAUCUGCAGGAGACUUCCAUUGGGAAGGAUUGAUACUGUUCAUACCGCAUGCUUGGAUGGCUACUAUCAGUCUGUUCUAUAUUUCCGCAUGUUCAAGCUUAAGUAUCCAAGUAGAGGACGGGAGAGAGUCGUCGGGCCCUCGGGGUAAAGAUUUUUAUCCUAUCGUCGGAUGUAAGUUGUAAUCAAUACAGUGUUCUAUCAAUUCGCAAACUUCAACUCAAAAGUUCUAAAGUUCAUCACAAGCUCUUGUUCAUUAUACCUAUGUACCCC